UUUAUGCCGAUAUAGACAUCUUUCAGCGGAACAUGCUUUGACUUGUCUUCAAACUCUAUCGUUAAAGGGUCGCCUGCUCUUAUGACUUCUAACUUCAAAAAAUCUUGCAUGAUGCUUCUCAACAGUUUGACAACUUCUGCUCGAAGAUGAUGCAGCAUUGAUUCUGUUGAUUGAAACAUUGUGUUAAAGUUGUUGAGCCGGUGUAGUUGGUAUUGCAUAAAUUCUAGCUGCGCUUCAACAAACGGGUUACGUAAUGCAGUUAGUAUUGACUCAGUUGUGUAGGAUGGAUCUUUCCCAUUUACAAUAAAAUCUGUAAAGUAGAGCUGUAAAGCAGCCCAUUGCUCCAAUAUUCUUGAAAUGCAACUUUCCAGGGACAGCUAUCUGGUUUGACCACAGCUCAGGAUUAUGUGGGGUUCGGCUUCAACAAACUCUUGAAAUUGCUUAAGUUCUUUUUGUGUCAGAGAGGAUCUUGAAAAAUGGGCAUAAAUGUUUCUGCAAAAAUCUUCAAGUGAGGUAGAAAGCUUCAAACAUGCAUGUGAAGUGUGAGGACCUCUCCGAAGACCCCCCUUUUAACCAUUAUUACAAGAACUGACUUACCCCCGGCAAGAGGACUUUUUAGUUAGUUAGAGAGAGGGACUGUUCGAAUCACGUUGAGUAGUUGUAAAGAGUAUUUGGUUUUUAUAAAGGUUUGCGUUGGAAAACUAUUUCGUGUUUUGUGUGUUUAUUACUUGAAGCUAAUUGAUUUGCACUCGAACCGGGCCACAUUUCUGGUGACAACGACGUGACAAGUAACUGUAAGUGCAAAUCUUUUCAACUUUUUCUUACAAAAUUGAUGUUCUCAAGAAGAAGCCACCCAGAAGAAAACAGAAAUUGAAAUGAUGCAAUUAUUUGGCAAUAUCGUAUCAAGAUUUGUUGUUUUUCUUUUGUGAUGAUUAUUGUGCUUUGUUGACGAGGCUUGAGUCUGAUUUUCUUGUGUCUUUCUCGAUCUCUCAGUUGCGUUUGUUUACGUUAGGCCCGUUAAAGUUGUGCCAUUACGGAUAGUCGAGACUGUUUUCGUGUAUUUUGGUAGUAUCAAAAUGGCACUAACUGAUCGGACGAUGAUUUAUUAUUGGAAUGUCAUGGUCUACUGACAGGGAUGCGCAAGGAGACACUUCAUGAAAUUUGCGAUAAAUUGGGGACAAUCUCAGAGUCGACCUUUUUGGACAAAAGCCGUUUCGAAACCGUAAAAUUGAUUUUCGAGGAAAUUGAAAAACUAACGGAGAAAUGCAAAGAAACAGAAAAGGCAGCAAUUCUCAAGGAUAUUCUGAAACAAAUUACUGAGGUAAAGAGCGCAAUUGCGAGCGGGGGAGAUGAGCAACAGACAUUGGCUUCCGUUAGACAGGAUUUAGAGAAGGAAGUAACACUGUUAAAGGAAAAACAACAAAAAGAGAUGGAAGCGUUGACUGAUAAAUUGAGUGCUGUCAAAAUAAGGACAGGGGGAGACGUUCACAUAGAUAAUGAAUUGAAUAGACAGGCGACAUCUGAAACAAAUACAGGGGCUUGCAAGCAAUUCUAAAAAGGGAAUUCAGAAUUUUCGGGACAGUGGGGGCCCAGGGGCAAAAAGAACAGUUUUUCCAUUUGAGCCUCAGUAGACAAGGGGAAAGUGGCAAAGAGCGCGGUUAUUCCGAAAAGGAUUGGUUGACGGGCUCAUAAAAUGCAUAAUGCUGGAAAUACCCCUUAAAGAUUAUUUAGAGGUGAUGCGAGAAAUGGGGUUGGAAACUCUGAUGAAAAUUAUUCGCGCCCACUAUCAAGAGAAAAAUGCUAGUGAGCUAUACGCUAGCCUCGCAAAUUUGGCCCAGUCACCAACAGAAGAUCCUCGAAAUUUUCUACUACGUGCCCUAAAUUUGCGGGAAAAGAUAAUUUUUGCAUCAAAGCAGGAGGGGAGCAAAUUACAAUAUGAUACAAGUCAGUGUCAGUCCAGGUUUCUGCAUGCAAUCGAGACUGGACUUCUUAGCAACACUCUCAGAACGAGGAUGAGACCACACCUACAACGCCCAGAUGUUACAGAUGUUGAAUUGAUUCAACAGUUAAACCUCGCUGGUGCAGAAGAAUCAGUAAACCUCGCUCGCUGGUGUAGAAACAAUAAACUCUAUAUUAAAAAAGUCUGGAUUCAAUGGUAUAUUUUUACAUGUUCAUAUGCGAGGUUUGAUUGAAUGCGUCAGAGCUUCUAUUACUGUGAUUGUGCAUGUUUGAAGAUUCUGCGAAAUGUACAAAAAACGAAUAUUGUUCAGUUUGAAUGUUGUUUUUGAAUGGCUGAAAGCCUUUUUUCUUUAAACUGAAAUACACUCAUGUUGCCUGAAAAGUUUCAAAUGCCUUAUCUGGUACUAGUAAAAGAGAUUGCAAAAAAAGAAACCAUGCAACUGAAGAACAUACAACAAACCUGUUUGCGCUGCUGAAAACCAACUAAUGAAUUUUAUAUGCCUGAAUCAAAAUGGACUCCAAAUGAUGUUGAUAAGUAAAUAUCAAUUUCUUUCUUGUUUGUAGCACUGGGAUUGGCCAGAAGCGUAAGGUAGACAUGGCAGGCAGUGUUAACAAGGACAGUGUUUUUAUGACCUUUUAAUGCCAACAAGCUAAAGACUUUUGAUUUCUCCAAUAUUUUGAUUACGGCUUAUUUAGUGGAAAAAACUGUGUUGAAGUUUCCCAGAACUAUCAAAUACGAAAUAAUGAAAGAUGACCGUUGCUGGGCGAGAUGGGGGUUUAAGGAUUUUUUGGAAAAGUUAUGAAAUUUUCUCAAAACCUGCGAAGCAAUCGAACCAUGCAAAAGGAGUGAGAAAUUUGAAAAGAACGCAGAAAAAUUGGAACUGUGAACGGAAAUAUGGAAGUGACAUGCCAUAUAUAUCAGCUGGUGGUGCAGGCACUCUCUCAGUCCAAAGAAACCUUUGUCACUGAGUUUGCUCAACUGGAUAUGAUCAUGCUGAGUGCAAUUCCAAAUAGUCACCCAGAAUUAAGGCUCGUUUUCAUAAAUCGUAUUUUGCUGUAUUUUGUCGUAUAUCUUCGGAUUUGAUUAUUGCGAUCAUUGAAAAGUAUGAAAACCGCCAAUCGCAUUUGUCGGAAUUAGAUCGGAAUAGACCUUUUUCCUGUUGCGGCCAUCAUCUUUCCGCGCAAUGCAUUGUGGGAUUGCCAGGGGGCAAAUAAUCUGCACUGCAGUUUUCUUGCUCCGCAGGUAAAUAAGUGCUUCGCUUCAAGACUUGUUAAAGUUUACUCAAAUUUUGCUCGCUUUCCUUAUUUUACUUCGACGUUAUGGGUAAAUCUGAUCAUUGUGCUGUUUGGGGCUGUGAUAACGAUCGCAGAUAUCCUGACAAGUAUGUAAUUAAAGAACACAUUUCAGCAUUUGAUGGAUGCAAGCACAUUCGUUUUUGGUCAUGCAAAGAGAAAUUCUUCCGUACGUGGUCAAAGCUCGUCAACAGGGAGGUUAUCGACAAAACAUCUGGCAAAAAAACUCUUUUUAAAGUUGGGAAAUCAACAAAGGUAUGUUCCAACCACUUUCAAUACGGAAAGCCAACAGAUUCCUGUCCGCACCCUACAUUAUUUUUAAAGGGGUAUGAUGGGCCUAGUCAACCAAAAAGAAGGCGACUGGAUCGUUCAGAUCUUUUCAAGCCGACACACAGUGAAGCAACACCUGUUAACAUCAGUGAAACUGUAGAAAUUGAUAAUUUUCACGUGUCAGAAGUCAUUGCUGAAGAAAAUGCUGAUAACCAUCCUGUUCAUGAAUCUGUUGAUAUCCCUCAAAGUGGCUUGGACACUUCCAAAGAACGUCGUGCACAUCGAUUGUCUUGGGAUUCUAUUUCUGGUAACAACCCCAUCAUAAAAUUAUAUACAGGUUGCCCCACUGCCAAAGUUUUUUUGUUCAUUGUGGAUCGUGUCAGAUCAAAGCAUGGCAAGAUCUCUUAUUUUAAAGGCAAGAAUUCAUUCCAGGUUAAGAACUACCAGCACAGCCCAUCAAAGCCUUUGUCAAGAAAAAAGACUGGACCAUCCCGCCAACUCAAACUGGAAGAUGAAAUUCUUUUAACCCUGAUGCGCAUUCGUCUGGACCCUCCAAUUGAAGACCUUGCUUUUCGAUUUAAAAUUUCUGCUAGCCAUGCAUCAAAAAUAUGUACAACCUUUUUUGUGUUGUUGGCACGAGAGCUGGAGCUACUCAUUUAUUGGCCAACACCAGAAGAAACUCUAGCAUUCAAGCACCCCCACUUUUCUGGGGACUUUAACAAGGUUGAAGGCAUUGGUGAUUGCACUGAACAAGUUAUUCAAAAGCCUGCAAAUUCCAAGGCUCAGUACCAAACAUACAGCACAUAUAAGAGCAGAAAUACCCAAAAGAAAUUAAUAUUCUGUACAAAAGGAGGAUCAAUUAGUUUUGUGUCAAGGUCCUAUUCUGGCUCUGCUUCAGAUCGUUUUAUCACAGAAGACUCCAAUGUUGUGCAGAAAUUUCAUCCUGGGUUUAUUGCUAUGUUUGACAAGGGUUUCACAGUUCAGGAUAUAUUUCUUCCCAGGCAAGUUAAAGUGCCACCCUUCGUUCGAAGCAAAAGACAGUUUACACCCUCAGAAAUAUCUGAAUGUAAACGAAUUGCAAGAGCAAGAAUUCACAUUGAGCGUGUUAUGGGAAGACUGAAGGAAUUUAGACUACUGGAUCAUACUUUACCUCUAACCUUGUUAGAUAUAAUUGAUGAGGUCUGGUUAAUUGCAGCUGCUAUUACCAAUUUGCAGCCACCACUUGUAAAAGGACAGCCUCGUGACUAG